CGUGCACUCCUGCAGGCAGGCGUGCUCUGAGACACUCAAGCCCACAGCUGCACGCCCGCUCCCCGGACCUCCCGGCCGCCAGAGAUGCCUCCCUCCGGCCUCGCCAUGCUCAGCGGCCAGGCGCUCCCGGCCUUCCUGCUCUGCAGCACGCUGCUGGUCAUCAAGAUGUACGUGGUCGCCGUCAUCACCGGCCAAGUGAGGCUGCGGAAGAAGGCUUUUGCUAAUCCCGAGGAUGCCCUGAGACAUGGAGGCCUCCAAUAUUGCCGGAGCGACCCGGAUGUGGAGCGCUGCCUCAGGGCCCACCGGAAUGACAUGGAGACCAUCUACCCCUUCCUGUUCCUGGGCUUCGUCUACUCCUUUCUGGGGCCCGACCCCUUCGUGGCCCAGAUGCACUUCCUCCUUGUGUUCGUGGGCCGUAUGGUGCACACUGCGGCCUACCUGGGGAAGCUGCGGGCACCCACCCGCUCCUUGGCCUACACCCUGGCCCAGCUCCCUUGCGUCUCCAUGGCCCUGCAGAUCCUCUGGGAAGCAGCCCGCCACCUGUGAGGAGCAGCGCAUGCCUCCUCAGCCCCCAGACCACGGGUCAAGAGCUGUCCCAUGGCUUUACCUGGGGGACUUGGCGUCCCUUCAAGAUCGUGGUUUCCUGGCAACCUGCUGAGUGUGUAGACCCCUGGGCUCAGCAGACCAGCAUGUGUGCAUGUGUGUCAGUGCAUGUGUGCACACGUGUGUGUGUGUGUGUGUGGUUUCUUAGCUCCUCGAAUUCCUGGAUGAAGUGGCCAAUUAGAACCAUUUUGAGAGGGCUCAUCAAGAUUGAGAGAAAAUCCUUCAACUCAAAUAAUAGACUAUUAAAAACAUCACUCCCCCUCCCUCCCUGAGGAGUAGAAAAGUAAGGGGAGACUCAAGUUCAAGAUUUCCAAACCUAAUCAUCAUCAGAAUCUAGGGCUAAAAAGGGAGGCCUCUCAGACCCAACCCCCUGAAAUUUUGGCUCAGAUGGUCUUGGAGAGAGGGAGAAAGAGGGACUGGGCAUCUGUAUACUUAAAAGGCUCCCCAUCUCGGCCAUCUAAGAUGCAUCGAUGAGUCUCAGCCCACCUGGAUCAAAGGAGAAUGAAGAACACCAAGGACUCAAGGCGAUUACGAGCCCAAGAGACAGAAAGGGCCACAUGAACCAAAGACUACAUCAUCCUGAAACCAGAAGAACUAGAUGGUGCCCGGCUAUAACCAAUGACUGCCCUGACAGGGAACACAACACAGAACCCCUGAGGAAGCAGUGGGAUGCAGACCCCAAAUUCUCAUAAAAAGACCAGACUUAAGGGUCUAACUGAGACUAGAAGGACCCCGGUGGUCAUGGCCCCCAGACCUUCUGUUGGCCCAGGACAGGAACCAUUCCCGAAGCCAACUCCUCAGACAUGGAUUGAACUGGACAAUGGGUUGGAGAGGGAUGCUGGUGAGGAGUGAGCUUCUUGGAUCAGGUGGACACUUGAGACUAUGUUGGCAUCUCCUGCCUGGAGGAGAGGUGAGAGGGUGGAGGGGGUUAGAAGCUGGUGAAAUGGAUACAAAAAGAGAGAGUGGAGGGAGGGAGUGGGCUGUAUCACUGGGGGAGAGUAAUUGGGAGUUUGUAGCAAGGUGUAUAUAAGUUUUUGUGUGAGAGACUGACUUGAUUUGUAAACUUUCACCUAAAGCACAAUAAAAAUUAUUUAAAAACAAAAAAAA